ACUCGCUUGGAUUCUUCUCCUCUCAGCUCUUCCUAUGCUGCCAAUUUCGUUGUGUGGUCAGCAAAGCAACUUGAUGAUCCUGGACGGCCUGCUCAGUACUUACGACAGGCGAGCAACUCCAUCCAACUACCUCAAUAACGCCACGAUGGUCGACUGCGAGCUCUACAUUCGAAGCUUCGGGUCCAUCGACCCAAACUCCAUGGACUACCAAGUGGACUUGUACCUGCGGCAGACGUGGUACGAUGCGCGACUGAAGCACGAAGAUCUCGUCCAGCCGCUGGACCUGAACGACCCUAAGCUGGUGAAGGCGAUCUGGAAGCCUGAAGUGUAUUUCCCCAACGCCAAGCACGCAGAGUUUCAGUUCGUGACCGUGCCUAACGUGCUCGUCAGGAUCAACCCGCACGGCGAGAUCCUUUACAUGCUCAGGUUGAAGCUACUGUUCUCCUGUAUGUUGGAUCUCUCCAAGUUUCCUUUCGACUCGCAAAUUUGCACAAUGGAAGUCGCCAGUUUUUCGAAGACAAUGAAGGAGCUAGACCUGCGCUGGAAGAAGGACGAUCCUAUCAAGAUGUACCGGGACCUACGGAUGCCGCAAUUCGAGAUCACCAAUAUCGUCGAUUCGAUCUGCCAGGAAUCCUUCCACAUCGGCAACUACAGCUGUCUAGUGGCAGAGUUCCACAUGCGUCGGUCGCUGGGCUUCCACCUGGUCCAGUCUUACCUGCCUACCAUCCUCAUCGUGGCCAUCUCCUGGGUCAGCUUCUGGAUGGACAUCGGCUCUGCGCCAGGCCGAACUACGCUCGGAGUCACCACGCUGCUCAUCAUCUCAUCUAAAUCAUCAGCUUUCGUGUUCUGUGCUCUUCUGGAGUUCACCCUGGCCAACUACAUGUGGAGGAAGCCCCCUAAGGUGCAGGCGCCCAAAUCCAUGGACGGCCUUAGGAACAUCAAAGCACAAGAUCUAACCCACGACUGCAAGACUGACCAACACCUACAGAAAGACUGCCAGCAAUGCUCCAACAGCAACGGCAAGGCUGAUCUCGACCAGGGCAUGGACCCCAAUCUCUUCGCCGUCCCGCCAGGGAACAUCACGAUUGGAAGCACCAGAAAUAGAAGCUAA